AUGGCAAAUUCGCCCUUCCAGAAGUUGAAGGAGAAGUUCCGAAAGCCAAGCACACAGCAGGAGCUUCCAGGCUCAGAUAGUGGUAGUACGCCUCAGCCAGCCGACAACGCACAAUCCCAGCCACCACCAGGGCCGUCAACGAUGAAUCCUUCCACGCCAAUUCCACAGGCUGCUGCGCAAGUCACUGCCACCACGUUGAACAAUGUUGACAGUACAUCGCCAACAGCGAAUGGAGCAUCUUCUGUACAAGUUGCGACUGGUACCAAUGCUCAACCUCCAGCAGCGAAUGGAUCCGUUGCAAACACCCAAAUGGCUGGCAACGCACCAAAUAAUGGCGAUGGGCUCGAUGGUGCGACCCGCUUGUUUCUGCGUCGUAGUCCUGCUGGAUUUCAUAUCACGGAUGUCUCGAGGUUCAUGCAAUCGACUGUGAAACCACCUCCUUCGCAGAACUUUACACUACGAAGAUGUGCAGAAGAUGACAACGACAUUCCCCGAAAUGCUGUCUAUGGGUUCAACAUAUCUCGCGACAAUGAGCGGAUCUGCAAAGCUUGUUUCACCUGGUUUCGCGUUGGUGAGCAUGUCUUUCGGAACCCAGACCACUUUACCGCUUUUCGCCAGCGACCACCUGUACCUUAUCCAUUCCCCGAGGAAAUGCAGCCAUAUAUACACAUGCAAAUGGUGGGACUCACCAUCUGCCUGAUUGUGAGAAACUAUGCUGACUCGCUAAUUGACAGAGAGGGUUCUGUGGACCUGUCUGUCAAAGGGUGGCGAAGCGUCGUCGUUCGGAUAGAAGUAUCAGACGGAUCUGCAAAGAAGCUAAUAAACAUCGGAGUUAUGGAUGGAGAAGGACUUUUGAUCGCAGAGAGGUCCCAGUUCCACCUCCAGGAAUUGCUGUCCUGCCAGCCAAUGAGGUUGACCGCCAGGCAGGCAUGA